GAAACAAGCCUAGAGUACUGUGCCAGCAGGGACUCAAAACUAAUGCCUUGUCUGAAGUAAUACCAUAGAAGUAUUAAUUCUACGUAUUUUCUUGUAGGUUUUUAAGAUUUUCUGGAGAUUUUCUUGCAGAGCAAUGCUGAGGUAGCUUUCUGUUUGCCUUCUGCUGCAGAAUAAGAUGCCUAGGGUAUCUUCAUAGAUCUGUGAAUAUCAGAAUGGCAAAAAUGUCAUAUAACAACUUCAGAGAAAGCAGACUGCAGUUCUCAGACUCACUUAAUGGCCAGCACUGGAUAUUCCUGAGAAAAGGCCUAGAUGACUUCAGAGGUGGCUUUCCUCCUUCAUCUGAAAACAUGAUUGUGUAUGGAAAAAAGCGACCAAUUAUCCUGAAAAGCAGCACAGUAAAAUCUUCACACACAGCUCCACGGAACAAAAGCAAGAAGUCCAGCAAAAUACAGCUUUCUGAAGAGCUCACUGGUAUCUUCAGUCCCAACAUCUUAUUUAACAGUAAGGCUGACUGUGAACGUGAGAACCAAACUCUUCAGGAGGUGCAGGAUCAUAUGGAGGACAAGCAAAUGAAAGUAACAAAUUGCAAGAUACUAGCACGCAGCAAGGAGUCUCGAGGCAAAAAAACAAGUACUUCUCUUUCCAAGAAGAAGGUAGCAGCAAGAGAAAAAGAGGCCACACAGGGUAACACAGCUCCACUUAACAAAUACGUAAAGCAAGUAACCAAGCAUUUUUGUGAUUGGGUUAUGUCUUUGGGAGGAGGGAACUGGAAUAUUGAUGAAGACACACUCAGGAGUUUGCUCAGCACCAGCCGUGAAAGGGAGGCCACCCUCCCUACACCCUUCUGUGCUGUGAAACUCGAUGUGCAACCAAAGCAGUCAAAAAGCCAAGAGGCUACACCUCCCAAGAUUGCUGUCAGGAGUUCUCAUCAACUAGGGUGCCACGUUAAGGAGAUGGAAGUCGCACAGCUCUACAGUACGCAGGCCUUUAAGGAGUUCCUGGAAAGAAAGGGCUACCGAAAGCCUCAGUUCCUUCUGAAAAUGCUGGUUGGGAGAAAUGAUAAUGGAGCUCAAGAGGAGAUGUUCAAAGCUUGUAAGAAGUGAUGUCCAAUGAGAUAAGAUGAGAAAAGCUUCUUCCACUACUGCUAACACAGAUUUCUAAAUUCUCUUUAGCUGAGCAGAAGCUAGCAGCUGAGCUGUUCCUUAAACGUUCUUACAUCAGAGUAAACAUAAAGAUCGUUUUGAUAUAUAUAAUUUUUCUGACAUAGACAAGUAGUUUGAAAAUCAGUCUCGGACCACCAAAUUGUUGGCAUAAACCAUUUAGGUAUCUUAGCAGUUCAUAGGAAGGCUGAAAGGCACUCUAUAUCUUGUGUGCUGUAACAUACUGGCUUAAUCAAAAACCCUGGACUACAGUCAACUUACCACUUUUUGAGCAUCCACGUUGUACUUACUGCUUCAAUCUAUAUUACCAGCAUCCCUUUGAGAAUGAAUUGUAUGUUUCGUCCUGUUUUAGUGAUGAACAAAGUUCUACUAAGGAGAAGGUGUUCACAUCUGUUCAUUUUAUUCGGGGUCUCAUAUCUUAAAUGACUUUGCAGCAUUGGAUGUACAAGCUGAGUCACUUGCUGGAUGGAUACCUAUGAGAGAGGUUUCAUACCACGGGCUUUCUGUUGCAUGCGUGGCACUUUAUAGAUCAGAUGAAGCUUAGGGGCUCAGGGCUCUAGCAACUGAGGCUUCAGCUGGUGCCUGCUCGUCUGCCAACAAUGGUAGCAGUUAAAUAGGAGUCCCCAUUCACUCACUCACUCAGCUGUGACUGCUGCUGUAUCUGAGCACAAGCUGUACCCAACGCAGUCACUUGCAGGCAGUCUGCAGUAAGGCCUAGAGCUGAACUUGGUCUCCCAAAAUCUGGGCUGUUACCUGCUCUAGUGACCAUCUGCCCCACUCAGUUGGGAUUCGGCACAUGUAUCAAAUCUGAAUGAUUUCAAAGUUGUUUACCUCCACCUUACUUGGAAUUGGGAAUUUCACAUUUAGACAAAUAGUUCCAGAAUGGUGGCAGAGCCACAGUGACUGCUGGCUUUGUGUAGCUGUAACUGUAAGGGCUGCUUAGGCAGAUGAAAUGCAGCCUAAUCAUGACCUUUAAACAUCACACCACUCCAACAUGAUGGAGAAACAUCUGCUUCAGAACUUCCAAGGUCAACAUUUUUGUGAGACACAUUUCAAUGAGCUGAGUACCUAAUCAAUAUAUUCUUCUGGACAGCCAUGUUGGUACACUGCAGAAGUCUUUUUGCCUCAAUUUCGGUUCCUUAUUUCUUUGAAUUGGCUGUCUUUUGCAGGAAGGAGGGGGAAGGCUGGUAUUUUUCUAAGUUCAUUUUACUUAACUCUGGUGUAUUGUUAAUUUAUGCCUCAGUCUGAUUUCCCCCUUUGAUUUCCAAAACUAGGCCUCUAUAAGAUUACUUUAUCUUUAGGAGAGCUAUCUUGCAUACAAAUCAAGGAAGCCCCCAGCAUGCCCAAAAGGUAGAUUUUUCCAUAGUGCGGGGAAAUUCUUACCUGCAGAUCGUAAUGUUGAGAGGGAUUUUAGGUGUUACUUGGAUUUUUAAAUCCCAGUCCUGCACAGAAUCAGGGUGCCUUGAAGCUGCACCAUUAUGCAGAGCUGAUCCUAAAAUAAUAAAUCAUUCUCUAUCUGUCAGAGGUUCUCCAAGUGCAUCACACUAUUUCAUUCUAAGUAUUUCAGGAGCCUUCACCUGAAAGUAAAGCAGUUGCUGAGGGAGAGCUUCUUUUGAAGUAGGCAAUAAUAUAAUUAUAGACUUGGCUUUUUCUUAUGAACACCACUGGGACAUAACAGACUGCUGCAGAAAGAAGUUUAUUUAACGUUGAAUUAACAAAGCUAAAACUAUGAUAAUUUCUUUUGCUGUUUUGUUGUUAUUGCAAUAAUGUGUGAAGCCACGUAAGACCUUUUCAGAACAGCCUAAGCCUUUGCAAUCAACUUCUGCCAACACUGAGGAACACAUUAGCCAUCCCAAAUACAACAUUGGACACCUUAUGCACUCACAUACAUUAUGUCUAUGGACAAUACCAGAUGUAAUCCAUUUAAAUGUAAUGGACAGUACAGAAUCAGCUCCUUUAUUUGGUGGAGGUUUCUUAUAUGAACAGAAAUAAAGACAGUUGUAGAAAAGGGAAUGAAUCUCUAACUAAGGCCCCUACUCUUGCAAUUGAGGCAGCUUCAUAGGAUUAUAUUUUUUUUGCAGCAAAACAAGGAACAACAAAUUCAAGCCAGCCUGAUUGUGUUCAACCUCAAUUGAACUGAGAACACAUCAUUAUCAGUGAGUAAGUGUGGGAAAUGAAAAAAAAUAGAUAUAUGGUUUACUAUUGCUAAAAGGGCUGGGAUCUUGGCACCUACUUACUAUAUCUAAGUGAAGACUGUAAGCUUACGAUAGCCGUAGCCCUAAAAGGAUACAGAAUGCUCAAUUACAAAAAAAAAAAAAAAAAAAAAAGUUGAAAUCUGAAUUCAGUCUCACACCUGAUUUUUCUCUCAAAUAUGAUUGUACAAUAGAUUUUAAUAAU